CCGACGGGAAGACAUAGCACAACGGAGCUGAGCUACGCCAUGCAUUACGGGAACAGCGAUAGCUAACCUGCAGAAAUGCCAGCCGAAGACCUCGACCCACCUCAGAAUGCCAAGCCACGGGCGCAUAUUGACCGGUUACUUGAGUGAUAGAACAUAUAACAACGUGAUGAGUUGGGCAAAAUGGCGUGGUUUUGAGUUUUAUGUCCCCGUUUCGCUCAGUGUAGCGAGGCAGUGGGUCGUUUCCAAAGUUGUCGGUUAGCAGGGCGCGUGUGAAGGAUCGGAAUUAAAGGAGCAGUACAACCGCUGUCGCCUCAAAAAUGGAAAGGCAGCAGAGCGAUUUGGAGCGAGAGCGACAGUACUGUGAACUUUGUGGAAAAUUGGAGAACCUCCUCAAGUGUGGUAGGUGCCGGAGCUCCUUUUACUGCAGCAAGGAGCACCAGAAACAGCACUGGAAGAAGCACAAGCUGAUCUGUAAGGAGGUGGACAAGGCUCUCCUUGCCAAACAGAAUCCUGGACAGGGUCCGCCGUCGGGGGACGACAAGGAAUCGGAAAAAAACCAAGAGAAGAAGAGCAGCUCCCAGCUGGCGGACACCGCAUCCUUACCGCAAACUGCAGACACAGACGCACGUGAAGUGGUGGACAGAGCGGGGGAGGACGGCCCCAACAGCCCCGCCACACCUAACGGACAGACCAGCUCAUCCGCUCUCAAACUUGCCACGGAGUACAUCAUUCCCUGCAUGAACAAGCACGGCAUCUGUUUUGUGGACAAUUUUUUAGGCUUGGAGACUGGGGUGGGUAUUUUGGAAAAUGUGAAGGCCCUGCACAAUACGGGCAAAUUUACAGACGGGCAGUUGGUCAGUCAAAAGAGCGAUUCCACCAAGGACAUCCGAGGGGACAAAAUAGCGUGGAUAGAGGGGAAGGAGCCUGGCUGCGAGAAGAUCCUCUUUCUAAUGAGUCGCAUGGACGACCUAAUCCGACAUUGUAACGGCAAACUGGGAAACUACACUAUAAAUGGAAGGACAAAAGCAAUGGUGGCAUGUUACCCUGGAAACGGAACGGGCUAUGUGCGCCACGUGGAUAACCCCAACGGCGAUGGACGGUGUGUCACAUGCAUAUAUUACCUUAAUAAAGAUUGGAAUGCCAAGGAACACGGCGGCCUUCUUCGCAUCUUCCCAGAAGGAAAGGCCCAGUUUGCUGACAUAGAGCCAAAAUUCGACCGCUUGCUGCUGUUCUGGUCGGACAGACGGAACCCCCACGAGGUCCAGCCCGCUUUCACAACAAGAUAUGCCAUCACCGUGUGGUAUUUUGAUGCAGAUGAGCGAGCCAGAGCUAAAGAAAAGUACUUAACGAGCGCAGGAGAAAAAGGAGUAAAAGUUGAACUCGGAAAAUCGUCUGAUCCCAGCUAGUAGGAUGCCUGCAUCACCCAGCAAACAGCCAUUAAGUGCUCUCUCUGAAGAAAGUGGCCUCUAAAGAGCGCGUGUGUGUGCAUGCGUGCGUGCGUGUGUGUGUGUGUGUGUGUGUUUUGCAGGGCAACGCCGACCAAACUUUUGCUCGAGCGAGUGCAAGAUUCAUCCAUUUAGAAAAAGCAAAUAGAUAAACAGUCAUUUCUGUUCAUACGCAGCCACCUUGGACAACCAUGCUGAUUCUGAAUGUCAUCACAUUGUACUGAAAGGGAUUCUAUGUGUUUUGCAUCUGUUCAAAUCAGAAUGCUUCUACAUCACAGUGGACACAUUCAGAAAAAGGCUUCAGAGAGGUGUUAAACUCAGAGAAAAUCUUCAUCCUUUUUACGCGUUUCUUUCCAGUUAACUCCUUAAAGGUACAGUGUUUUGCAUACGCCUCAUGUUAUGCUUCUCACACGGAAUGGGCUGUUUUAAAUAAGCUACUGUAACUGCUUGAGUUUGCAAUCAUUUGAGGAAUGAUCUGAAUUAAAAGCACCCUAUUUCUGACAGAACUGCUUUUGGUCUUAGUUUGAGUUCAUUCUUUGCCGUUUGGUCCACGUCAGCUAAGGUUGUUUUGGUUUUGGUUUUCCUUCUUACUCAGAGGUGUGGACUGUUCAGCACAAAAGGUGUCUGUGUCGAUGUCAGACUUCGCUCUUGUCUGCACAAUACAAAGGUUUGUGCGCCCUCUGCAGGAAUCAGUGGCUCUGUGGGGAAAUGCGGGGAAACGCUGCACGGCUGAGGAGCUGCUCAGAUAUGAUCAAAGUCAACUCUGGAAAUUUGAUUUAAAUACUGUAGAUGCAUUUCUUCAGUCAUGAUGAAAAUGCUUUAUGUACUUUGAUCAAAUAGUGGUAUUAAUAGCCCGGGAACAGAACUCGCUCCUUUAAUUUAUUUUCCCUUGUCGAUCACUGGACAGUCAAUGUGCCAGAAUUCCUCAUUUGUUUGCAGCCUGACCUACAGUAGCUUUGUUUCUACGCUCCAGAGUAUCGGGAACGAAUGUGAUCUGACCAGUGUUCUCAUAAAACCUAGACCACUUCAGGACCAUCUCCAAGCUUCAGUCUCGGAUUUUUUCAAACUCUUAAUUUGCUGAAGUCUAAACUUACAGGGUACAUUGUGUAUUUAGUGCUUUUAGGAUGCGGUCGCCUUUGAAAAGAGACUCUUAAUAAAAUUGAGAGUAGUUCAAAACA